AGGCGGCGCGUCAGAGCGCGAGCGGCGCGCGACCACUUCAGCGCUGGCAGAACUACGAAACAGAGAAAACAGAGAGAGGAGAGAGAGAAAAGAAGAAGAAGGAAUACUAAAGUCUCCGCCAAAAGUUGGGCUCUGCUUUUCAGCCUCGGAGCUGCCGCCUGUCUUUCAGCCCGAAUCCGCGACCAGAGCAGGUUUUUCCCCUAAUUUAGUCAUCACCAGUUCCACCUGCUAGCUAGAUCUCUCCAUCACACAAUGCCACCAAGCUGGGAGCGUGAAGGCUAACAUGCUUUACCUGGGGACAAUUUUUGAACUGCCCUCCUACCAACCCUGAAAGUGUGGAUGCUGCCAUGCCAUUUGGGUGCCUUGCCCUACGAGAUGGGCGGACGUACCACAGCCUAUCAGACGUCACAGACAAAUACGAGAUCGGACAGGUCCUAAAGGCGAAGGAGUUUUGUGAGCUGUGCCUGGUGAAAGAGCGGCAGACGGACAAGGUCUAUGCGUGCAAGAAAUUCCUCAAGAAGGAUGGCAGGAAAGUACGGAAGGCAGCCAAGAACGAGAUCAUGAUCCUGAAAAUGGUCAACCAUCCAAACAUUCUGAAGCUGAUAGAUGCGUUCGAGACCAGGAAAGAGUUCUACAUCAUCCAAGAGCUGGCCACAGGUGGAGAUGUGUUUGAUUGGAUACUGGACCAGGGGAACUACACAGAGAGAGAUGCCGCCAACGUAAUCCGGCAGGUCCUAGAGGCAGUGGCCUACCUCCAUUCUCUAAACAUCGUCCACAGAAACUUAAAGCUGGAGAACCUGAUGUACUACACAGAAAAUAACCACAACAAAGUGGUUCUGCGGGAUUUCUACCUGUCCAGAUUUGAGAAUGGCUCCAUUACUGAACCCUGUGGAACGCCAGAGUACCUGGCCCCGGAGGUGGUGGCUCGACAUCGGUAUGGAAGGCCAGUGGACUGCUGGGCUGUCGGGGUCAUUAUGUACAUGCUGUUGUCAGGAAACCCUCCUUUCUAUGAUGAGACAGAAGAGGAGAACACAGAUAUGCACAACCGUAUCAUCUUCUGCCGGAUUGUCGCUGGAGAUUUUGAGUUUGACUCUCCUUACUGGGAUGACAUUUCACCCGCUGCUAAAGAGCUGGUGUGUAGGCUGAUGGAGGUUGACCAAAUGCUAAGAAUUACAGCACAAGAUGCACUGUGGCAUGAGUGGAUUGCUGGAAACGGUGCCUCAGAAAAGAACUUGAAGGAUGGCGUGUGCGCUCAGUUUGAGAAGAACUUUGCCAAGGCCAAGUGGAGGGAGUUGAAGAAAGCGAUCCGAGUCACCACAUUUAUGCAACGUCUUCGUGCCUCGGAGUUGGGCUCUACAGAAGGGGCACCAGAGGGGCAGGGGGAGGGGGUCAAAGCUGAUGGAGUCGAGAGUAAGGGUGUCUCCGCUGAAUCAGUGACUGUAUCGCAUGAGGUGACAGUGGAAAACAGAACGGUUGAGGAUCAAGAGGAGAAAAAAACACAGGAGGCAAAAGAAAGAAUAAUCACUCAGUCAACGGGUGAGGAGAAGAAAAUACAAGAGGAGAAAAAAGAUCAAGGAAUUACUCCUUCACACUCUGAAACAAUGAAGCCCUUUGCCCAAACAAGCUCCUCAACCCAAAUGCAAGGGGAGGAGCAGGACGAAGGGGAGGAAAAGAAAGCGGCUGGGGACGGCUCCCGAAAAUCAGCGGCUCCUUCUGGCCACGACAAACCCACCAUCACUGAACCCUCCAAAUCCUCUGACUGUCAAGGGAACAAAGUCACUUCAGAGAAAGAAACCAUAACUCCUAGCAGCUCAGAGAAGAAAGUGACAUCUUCCCCUGAUACCCCAAACCGUCGCAAAAUGGCCGCCAACCUUUCUCUGGAUCAUGGCUCAGGGGCUGGUCCCAAGAUUAGCAGUCCUGCAGCUGCUGACAAAGACCAGACAGGGAGUGCGUCUGAGGAGAAGGCAGAAGUAGUAAGAAAGCAGCAGGAGGUGUCUCCUGAUAGCUGGUGUCAGACCCAGCUUCCAGAGGCAGUAGCAGAGAGGCAAGUAGGGGCCAGAACAAUAGGAGAGGUCAGUCCAAGGGGCAGAGAUAAGGAAGGAGGCAAAACAAACAGGUCCAGUCAGUCAGGUCAGCCUGGAAAACAUGCGCAUUGUCCUUAUGGAGUGGUAGGCUCCUCAAGUUUGGGCCGUAACAAGACCACAUAUAUGCAGGAACAAAGAGAGCUUGGCCAUGGAGCUUCAUAUGGAAGUUCAUGCUGCUCUCCCUACUCUGUGGGCACUGGGGCAGUGUACAGUGGUCUAGAGCAAGCUGGAGGAGCCAGUUCUGACUGGCAAAUGGACAGUGUGAUCGAACAGAUUGAAAAGCAAAUGGCCGCAGUGCUGGAGAAGAUCGAAGGUGAUAUGCCCUCACUACUGGAGCAGAUAAGCGACUGUCCUGAGACCCUUCCAAGGGCCAAAAGUGCCCACUCUUCUCCUUCAACCCGCCCUCGCUCCUACCAACAUCAUUCCACUCCACCACCUCUUCCCACCACCCCUCGGCCACCCAUGCCCUCCUUACCGCACCUAACCAUCCCCCCACCUUCCUACCCACCACCAUCCCCACCCUCACACAGUCAACCAGUUGCUGACCAGGAUGAGCGAGAUGGGCAAAGAGGUGCCGUGAGACUGGGUCAGUCGCCAAGGGGAGGGGUGUCAGGGAGGGGUUUAUGAAGCCUACAUGAGUGCAGGGACAAAACCACUGUAGGUAAAUCAUAAGAGAGACUUAAAGGGAUACUCCAGCUUAUUUGCCCUGAUCUCUAUCUGCUGCAUCUGUAGCAUGUGGUCAGUUAGCACAGACAGUAAUUUCAACACCUUGUACUUAAAAUAUAGUGGGGUUUUAGAGCCAAGACUUUACGACAUAAAUGUCAUCAAAAAGAAUGAAAAAUGUCAAAAAAAGAAUAAAAAAAAACAUCUCCAUUGAUAAUGCUUGCAUGAUAAUAAUUUAUGUAAAGCUCUUAAUCAGAUCAAAUCAAAUCAAAAUUAUUUGUAUAGCACUUUUUACAACUGAUGUUGUCACAAAGCAGCUUAGCAGAAUUCCAGUAAAGACAAAGUUUUAACAUGAAUGUAAAAACCCCCGGGUGAGCAAGCCAGGGGCGACAGUGGCACGGAAAAACAGCAGUAGUAUUAGUAGUAAUAAUAGCUAGGAGUCAAUGAAAACGUCAAUGUAGGGUGGGCAGCUGGUCUGAAGCAGGUAGCAGACAUCAGUCUAACAACUGAUUGAAUCCUCAUCAUAUUCAUAGGCAGUGAUGAAUCUAGAACUUCCAGAAGGCUUUUUCUCACAAAAUUGGUCCCACACAUUGGAAAUCAAAAGGCGAUUAAUUCCAUUGUCAGUUCCUUAUUAGGUUAGUGGUUAUUCUGAUGCUGGGCCUUCAGUUCAGCUACUGAAGUCCUGGGACAGCUCACUUGACUGUAUUAGGGAAAAGAAAAAUAUUUUAAUUCCAUAGAAAUCAUUAGAAUGAAUCCUCCGAAUUGACUCGGGGUUCCUUUGAGAGCUCCUGUGGUAACAACAUAGAAAAACUAUUAAUGUUUUAGGUUUUUCUGACUAAAAGGAAACACUUAAAAACUACUGUCUGUGGAAUUUGACCACAUGCUAGAGAUGCAUCAGUUAGAGAUUAGACCAAUAAACACUGGAGGAUGGCUUUAAACAUUAGAGCAUGGAUUUCAAAGUAGCAGCUAAUAUUUCGAGGCUGUACAAAGGGGUGCGCUCAGAUACAAAUUAUAGAAUAGCUUUGUUUUCUUAGCAUUUGUUGAGUCAUGACCAGCUGCGUGAGGAAGGUUGCUCCUAGCAGAAAGGGACAAUUACAUGUUUGAGGCUUUGGGGACUGUUACUAACACAAAAUUAGAGUGUAACAUCCCUUUGUUUGCAUGUUCAGACCUACACCACAUAACGACCCUGUGCUGAGGCCACUGCCGGAAACAGCUGUAAAUACUUCUAUUCUGGUAGCAGACACUGAUCAUUUCAUAAUCCUUUACCACAUACAAUCAGAACAGAGCUUAUGAAUGCAACACCCUUAUAGAUUUGUACAGUCUAACAUAAAGUUUAACCUAAAAGAGAUAUACUCUUAUUAAUGUAUUUAUAUUUUUAAUGUACUUUAUCCAUCAUAGAGUUUGCUUUAAAUACACCGAAGAUGAGGCAGUGCUCCACUGUCAUGGUACAAAGUUGCAAUACGAGGUGCCAUCAAUGAAAUAAACCACAUGGGGGCGCAACAGGCUGUAUAAGUAAAAAAUACUAUUUUUUGGUCCAGUUUCAGCCUAUUUGCAAUAGCCACUGAAAUGCCUGUUGGGUUAUUCUUAUUCUUGUACAGUUCAUUCUAUACAGACCUUUUAUGCAUGUCUUUCUACUCUCUCUCUCUCUCUCUCUCUCUCUGUUAAGUCGUAAUACGAUAAACUGUACAAAAAGAUGUAUUAUGUGCGUCCGGAUUAUUAGUAGAGUCAUACACCUAUCUGCUAACUUCAGGAGGCUAAGCAAGACUUUCCCUUCUCCUUUGUUUGCUGUGAUGUUAGUACAUCCUUCAUGUUUGGUCAAUGUUCUUUUUUUCUCUUGCUUUAUUUUUGUUAUUAUAAAUAUGACUAAUUUUAUGAAAUGUAUAGCUAUUUAUUAUAAUCUUCCCAAACUCUUAAGUGUAACAGCCUUGCUUCUGUGUUCUGUAACUCUAGCGUCCCCUUUUAAACUACCUUGUCAUGGUGAUGUGAAGACUCUUCCAAGCUACUUUUGCACUCUUUCUGCCAAGAUUUCAAUAAAAUGUAGACAAUAUCACGUC